GUCCCUCCCGAUGGCCCAGCAUGCAUUGCGCGGAAAGGGCCCCCCAGGGGCAAAGGCGGAGGGCCGACGGGGGGUCGGGGAGCUUUGACCCCCCUCGGACGGACUGGUGGCGCGUUUCUCUCGGCAGGGAAGCGAUGUGGAAGCGGAGCCUGGUGCUCUCCGCCCCGGGGAAGGUGAUCCUGCACGGCGAGCAUGCCGUGGUGCACGGAAAGGUGGCUCUGGCAACUGCGCUGGACUUGCGGACUUUCCUCCGAAUGACUCCGCGACAGGAUGGGAAAAUCUCCCUGCAGUUGCUGAACCUGGGGAGCAGACUAAGCUGGGAAGCGGCGGAGCUCCAGCCCCUGCUAGCUGCCUUUUCGGUUGAACUGCCUGAAGCGCAGCCCCCAAGUGCUGAACAAGUGGAGAAGCUGAAAGAGUUUGUGGGGGGCGAUAAUGGACACGAAGCAGUCCAGAGUGUAGCUGCUGCAGCCUUUCUUUAUUUGUACUUAUCUGUGGCAUCUAAAUGCGGGGUUCUGCCAACUGUUGACAUCUUAGUCUGGUCUGAGCUGCCCACCGGCGCUGGGUUAGGCUCCAGCGCAGCGUAUUCGGUCUGCCUGGCAGGGGCGUUGCUUUCUGGAUGCGGCGCCAUCAGCUAUCCUCUGCAGGAGGGCCAAGGAACAGCUCGAUGGACCAAGGAGGAGCUGGACGUGAUCAACAGAUUGGCUUUCCGAGGGGAGCAAGUGAUUCACGGGAAUCCUUCUGGAGUGGACAAUGCUGUGAGCACCUGGGGUGGAGCCUUGCGGUAUAUUUCAGGAAAAAUCUCUGCCUUAAAAAGUGUGCCCACUUUACGGAUUUUACUGACCAACACUAAAGUUCCACGCAGCACCAAGAUCCUGGUUGCGGGGGUUAAAGCCAAGCUCCUGGAGUUUCCCACUAUCAUGGAGCCGAUGCUUGCUUCCAUAGACGCAAUUUCUCGGGAAUGCGAAGGUGUUCUUGAGGCAAUGACCGAAGAUCCAUCUCAGGAAAGCUACUCCAGGCUGGAGGACUUGGUAGACAUCAACCAGCACCUCCUCAAUGGCAUCGGGGUCGGCCACGCCCUGCUGGACCGCGUCUGCCAGGUCACUUCCUCCCAUGGGCUGCAUAGCAAACUGACCGGGGCUGGGGGAGGCGGCUGCGCCAUCACUUUGCUUCGACCAGGCACCACUCCUUUGGCAGUGGAAGACGCCAUCCAAGACCUGACCCGCUGCGGGUUUGAGUGCUGGGAGACGGUCAUCGGGGCGCCUGGCGUAAGCGCCCACGCCUUGCCGUUCCUGAAAGCGGAAGUGCAGAAGGCUUUGAAGGGCAGUUGAUGGUGGCCGUGGAGAGCGACUCUUCCUCCACCUGGGACCUCCACCGGACUGGACAUCCAGGCAACAUCCAAGGCAGCCCGGCGGGAUUUAGUCAGUCAGUUUGGGAAGGGUGCAGGUCUACUCAGUGGGAGUGGGGGCUGCGGAAGCACCAGGGGACCAAGGGACAGGUAGCUGGGCUCUUCCUAGCCACUCCCCUGCCUUUGACAUGGCUCUACUGCUAACGGGGGGCAGGGUGUCUUUCGGGUACGCUAGUGUAAAUCCUUUUGCACACUGCCAGGACAAGGGCCCUAAAAUUGCCAGGCAGGAGGGGGAGUCGCUCUCUCCCAUGACAGCCCAUCUCCUGAACUCGCUCCUUAGUGGCUUUCCCACAAUACCAAGCUCUUCUUAUCCCUCCCCCACCAAUUGGCACGGCCUGGCAAGUUUGCUCUGGGAAUAUGAGCUAAAUUAACUGUCUCUAAUUUUUAAUGCUUCCUGGGGAAUAUUCCAAGUAUAGCAUUACUGUCUUCCCUGGCCUGUGCUGAGGGGGGGGCGGGCAGAUUCCCCCAUUAAUGAGGUGCUGAAUGGCUUAAAGGGAAUGAAAAACAGGAGUUCUGAAUGCCCUUGCAACCAGCAUGUAUGUUUCAGGGCCAUUACUUUGUUUCCUUAAUUGUAUUUGGGCAGUUAAUCAACUCAAGGUUUUCGGUGUUAGAGGGGUCGCCCUUUGCGGGCUUCUGAAUAAAAGCUGGGGUCAAAGAUGGCUCUCCUGGC